GGGAGCCAAGAGGGAACGUGACCCGGAAAAGGAGAGCUUUAUCUUGCAUUUGCGUAGUUCUUCAUCUUGUUUUCCUUUAGUUCCUCAAUUCGUUAACGUUACCAAUGUACGACUAUUUUUUUAAUUAAAUAAAAAAACGAAAAUAGUUGUCAACUAAAAGUAGCUUCAACAUUUGCUCCUGCGUCUUGUUGGCCAGUGACCCGGAAGUUAUUAAAUUCAUUUUCGGUAGCGCGAAAACCAGAGUUAAAAGUUUUCGUUUUUUUUUUAGGGCUGUUGCUAUCCCUCCACGUGUAAAGAAGCUAGUCGUUGUGGUCUUUGUCACAUUUGUAUUCACAAUGUGCGAGAAGAUGAAGAAUGUGAACAGCUGGCUCAGCACAGUGUACGGCGAUCAGCCAGUGCCACACUUUGAGGUCAACACAAGGACGGUGGACAUCCUGUACCAGCUGGCACAGUCCAGUGAAGCCCGGUGCAGCGACACAGCUCUUCUCACAGAAGACCUCAAACAGAAAGCAUCCGAGUAUCAGACCGAGGGUGCUCAUUACCGCGAUGUUCUCCUACAAGGCUUCGGUCUGUCCUGUGCAAGCUUGUCAAAGCCCGCUGAUGACUAUUUGUCUGCUUUAGUGGACACGGCCAUGGUGCUUGGAGUCCGAGACACAUCGCUGAGCAGCUUUAUGCUGGCUGUGAACAACCUCACGGACACACUGCUGGAAGAAGAGAAGUCAAACAGGAGACUUGAGAGGGAACUCAGGGCCUUAAGAAGCCGACUUGGUGCUACUCUGGUGAUGCGGAGCAACUUGCAAGAGGACAUCAACAAAACUGUCAAAUCACAGUCAGUGGAGAGCGCUAAAGCGGAGGAGAGAAUGCUCAACAUGGAUUUUGUUAUGGCAAAGGCAAAAGAACUCAGCAGCAGGCGGGAGAGGGCAGAGGCUCAACUUGUAUCCCGGAACAUGGACAAAUCUAUCACCCACCAGGCUAUUGUGGAGCUCUCUGAGGAAGUAACCGCUCUGAAACAAGAAAUAAUCCCUAUGAAGAAGAAACUGGAGCCUUACAUGGACUUAAGCCCAAGCCCAUCUCUUGCUCGAGUAAAAAUAGAAGAAGCCAAAAGAGAAUUGGCUGCACUUGGUUCUCAACUUGAGAUGAAUAUGGAUUUCAAGUGAAGAUGCUUGUAAUGUACAUUUUGAGCUGUACAUUUCUGUGUUUGAAAAGAUAAUAAAGUAAUAUGUCUGGUUGA